UCCGUAGAGUUGCUCGUCGGGACUUGCCAGGCUCAAAGAUGGCGGCCUCCGUACGGACGCUGGCAGUGGGGCUUCUUUCCCGGCUGCAAACUGCCGCUCCGACGGUACGAAGGCUGUCGGUUUCCCAUCCUUUGGCCCAGAAGUCUCCGGGGUGUUUGUGGAAACUGGGCCGUCUGAACCAUGUAGCCAUCGCAGUGCCGGACUUGGAGAAAGCCAAGCUUUUCUACGAGGAGGUGCUGGGAGCCGCCGUGAGCGAGACGGUGCCGCUUCCCACACAUGGCGUUUACACGGUGUUCGUAGAUCUGGGGAACACCAAGCUGGAGUUACUGCACCCGCUGGGAGACGACAGUCCCGUGGCCGGCUUUUUGCAGAAGAACAAAGCCGGGGGAAUGCACCACGUCUGCAUUGAGGUGGACAACAUUAAAGACGCCAUCGCAGGCCUGAAGGAGAAGCAAAUCCGUGUGCUGAGUGACGAGGCGAAAAUAGGCGCCCACGGGAAACCCGUCGUUUUCCUCCACCCGAAAGACUGCGGCGGGGUCCUCGUGGAACUGGAAGAGGCCUGAGCAGAAAACCUGGCUGCGGGAACCGGACAUUAACAGCCACCCGAUGGAGCCGUGGUUCAAAUUCUGGCGGUGCGUUUAAAAAUCAGAACUCUUGAUCGAGUGGCUGGUGGAGAGCACUGCUAUCUUGUGAAUGAGAGAGAAAAUUAAAGUCGGAGUGACUUUUUUGGGAUGUCGGGGCUUUCCCCCUCUUCCCCUCUGGGAAGCCACUUUGCCAGUUGAACCUACCCAAAUAAUCUUUCCGUCUUUCAGGUGGUUUGGGAACGCAUAGCUGCCCCGUGACUAGAAUGUAUGUAAAGGGUUCCCUAUUUGCCUGGGCAUAAUUUUGCAUCCAGUUAGUAGAUUUCUAGGUCAUCCCGCUUUUAUUUUGCCCUACAUUUGCAAACCAGAAAGCGGCAGUUUUCUUUUUCAGUCCCCUGCGCCAGUGUUCCCUUAAGGAAUCAAUCAAGAAGAAAUGGUCUUGUUUCCCGACAUCACCAUUCCAACGGACCGGCAUUGAUUGGUUCCCUCAAUCGGUCUCCUUGCUAAUAGGAUCCGCGUAUGGGUAUCUGGGAUUGCUAAGUAACUCUUCUCGAGGGCAGUCGAUAAGCCCCGUAUUUGCAAGUUCCCAUUUUGGGUUCCUAAUCAGAAAUGUUUUAGAUGAAACUUGGGGAUCGCGAAGGGAGCGGCAUUCUAUUUUGGAAUGCUGGAUUGUCAAGCGCCUCAUUUACGUGCGGCAUUCCAUUUUGGAAUGCCGGAUUGCCAAGCGCCUCAUUUACGUGAGUUUACGUGUUCUUAAUGGUUUCCAAUUAUUUUUAAUUGCCCACAAACCUGAGGUCCCUUUUGACUAGUUUUAACAGACCGGACCGGUGCAGAAAAAACGUGUUCUUUGCUCUCGAGAGCGCUUUGGUGGUCUACAGUUUUCGUAUGUAAAAUUUCAGUUUUGGGGGCUAAAAGUGUUUAAACCUCGGUGUCAGUGUUGCGCAAUUGUUCAGUUUUCCUGCAGUCCUUCAUUAAAACAGCG